AUGAAAGGCCAGACACGAUUUGGUGUGAAAGGUAAAUUAGCACCAAGAUAUGUUGGACCCUAUGAAAUCCUUGAGAAGAUUAAUUCAGUGACGUAUCGAGUAGCUUUACCACCAGUUAUGGAACAUAUGCACAAUGUUUUUCAUGUCUCUAUGUUUCGGGGUUAUUUGAGGGAUCUACUACAUGUGAUUGAACCAAAUCAUGUGCUCCUAAAAGAUGAUUAUACGUACGAGGAGAGGCCAAUGUACAUUGUAAAUCGCCGAAUCAAAAGAUUAAAAAACAUGGAAAUCCCGUUAGUAAAGGUUGAUUGGCAGAACCACGGAGAGACAUAUGCAACAUGGGAGACAGAGGAAGAUAUGAUGAAAAGAUACCCAGAUUUUCUCCCUCUGGACCCAAUGUUUUUCCAAAAAAAAGAAAUAUCUGUUUCCGUUUCUGUUUCGUUCUGUGAAUUAAAGGCCUUAUCAGCAUCCAAUCGCAAAAUUGACUUGAAUUACGUGUUAGUUGAAAUUUUUAGAAUAUUACGGUAG